CACACCAAACAAUAAUUUGCGCAGAAUAUUCUACCAAGAUGACGGGCUUGCAGAGUCUCCCCUUGACAACAAAGGGUUAAGACCGACCAGCUGUUCGUCUAUUUGUUUGUUUAGAGAACUGUGUUAGUACUGUCAAUUUGCCGUGAAAUUUGAAAUAUAAGUGGAUAUAUUCCACUAAUAAUAAAUAAAGAAUAAUACACAUAGCACAACACGAGAAACACAAUAAAUAUUCAUUGUGUGAAGCCCAGGAUCCUCUCAAGAAAAGUGGUCCUCUCCAGCAAAUCAACUCCCCUUCACGAUACCAGGCUGUAAUUAAACUGCGCAGUAAAAGCAAUAACUGUGUGGGAAAGCUCUAUAAGAAACUGUAAGAAGCAAUGUCCGACGAAGAAGACGAAUCGGUCUCCGAGGGCUUCUCUGCCAGCGAGGAUGAGUGGAAGCCCGACAAAGAUGCUCGCGGCGGCGAAUCAUCGGACGACGACGAUAGCGGUGCUUCUGCAGUUCCUAGGGGCCGAUCAUCUGCUGGCGCAUCAAAAAAGAGAGAUCAGAAACCGCCAAGCGGCAUAAAGGGAGCUUCAGUAAAGAAGCGCAAGCCGAGUGGUCAAUCUCUGCGUUCAAAGCUGUACAACAAGUACCGACCGCCGCCGAAGACGUUUCCCACUUCGCCCUCCCAGCAGAACUCGCCAUCAGCGUCGGGUUCAAAAAACGCAAGAACGCCCAAUGAAAGCGGUGCACAGGAUCGGCACUAUGCUGAUUCCAGCAGUGAAUGCAGUGUAGACGACUAUUUGGUUAAUCCCGCUGACCUCGAUCUGCGCUCGAGCUUCUUUUCGGCUCAACUAUCGUCAAAGGAUAAGUCGCCAGUGCCUCAAUUUGAUUGCAAUGCGGGAAUUAAAGCUCACUCUGACUCCGGUUCCGAGGAUAACAAUGACAGCAGCGUCGAGGACACAGCAACCCAUGCGUUUGACUUCCGCGGGCUCCUAGAGAAUGCCAACAGUCUGGAGCGCACCAGAGAUGCGCUGGCCAACCGCGGCGUCACAGCCGCAUCAGCCAAAAAUCGUGCUGCAACGAUGGAUGUCAAUGCACUGCUUGCAUUGGGCGAAAAUCCGAAUCAGAAUUACGCCAAGGCCAUAGACGCUGAUAAGGGCGACGUGAAAGAGAAGCGGCCCAGCCGACGAGCUGCAGCAGAAGCCCCUUCGCCACCCAUGGACGGACCGCCUCGUCUAAGCAAGACAAAGUCAACGCGCAUAAAACGACACACAAAGACGCGGCCCGUGUCCACUGUGGUAGCUGCUGCUCAAGACACAGACGACUCCGAUUUUGAGGAAGUGGCAGACGCGGAACUUGGCCUCGACGAGGAUGGUGCCGCCACACCAAACAUCUCUGGCGAUCUGGAAAUUCACGUCGGCCAGCAGUCGGGCCGCGUUAGCAAGGAGCAGAAGACCCAGCAGGAACUGGAAAUGGCGUUCAAACGUCGUCUCAACCGCGACAUUAAGGAGCGGUAUCAGCUGCAGCACAAGGUCAGUCUGAUGGCCCAAAUGUCGCGCAGCAUGGUAUACAAUCGGCUGCUGGGCGACUCCGAGCUAAUGGCAGGGGCUCUAAAGCUGCUACCAAGCAAGAAGGCCUACCCAACGGAGCGGGGCACAGAGUUGAAGUAUCUUCAAUCUUUUGUCACCUGGUUCAAAACUGCAGUCAAACUUCUGAGCCCCCACUUGUAUCCCGAGCAAACAGAGGGUACCAAGCAGGGCAUUAUCAAGGAAAUACUAUCUCAAAUCAGACGCAAGGAAGCUCGAUGCAAGCAGGAUCUUAUAUUCAUAUUUGUUAUACUUGCAAGAGGAAUGGGCAUGCACUGCCGGCUGAUCGUGAAUCUGCAGCCAAUGCCGAUGCGUCCCGCAGCCAGUGACCUAAUUCCGAUCAAGCUGAAAUCAAAUGAAAAAAAUAAGAGUCAAGGUCAGAAUCAGACGGUAGAUUCCGAUGAUAAGAGCGACGACUCCACAGGUGAAACGAUGGAGCGCAAAGCUGCUCCGGUGAUAAAUAGUAGCAAGCCACAGCUAUGCCCCUUAACCGAACCUAAAAAGCCCAGUCCCAGCUCACACAGUUUAAGAAGUGUUAAGAAGGAGAGCGAUACAGCUAAUCCGACUAAAAAAGAGUCUGAAGACAUCAAGACAAGAUGUAGUUCUAGGAAUGUCAAGGAGCAACGAGAGCGGACACUAAAUUCUAGCUUGGUCGAAAACGAAAGCCCACCUAAAAGUGGCCACAAAGCGUAUCCAAAGUCCGUAGAAUGUGGCUCCGAGGAAAAGCCAAGUACUUCGAAAGCAGCCAGGCCGCAGAUUUCGGCUCUAAAGCGUGGCGGACCGGUUACAGAAAUCACGGGCAGAGACGAGAGCAAGAAAGCCAGGUUGGCUCCUCUAAAUGUGUCCUCCCCAAUAGCAGGACGUACGCGCAAAGCUGCUGAUAAGCCAAAACCGGCUGCUCUGCAAAAUAACAUAUCGGGGACUCCACCGAAAAUCGGAUCGCCCGUCGUUCCCAAGCUGGUGUUUUCGAAAUCCAAACUGCAGAAUGCCAAGCACAGUGACGCGGAGAACGCAAAUCCCACAGAGAAGCCGCAGCAUCAGAAACAGCUAAGUGCGCGAGACACACGCUCGCGUAGCAAGUCUCCAAAGGUCCACAUUUCGCCCAAUUUUUUAACGGGCAAGUCUGGCGCUGUAAGAGCAGAAAGAACAACGAGUCAAACGCGGAGGAAGGGCCAAGAGGCUGAGGCUACAACAUCUGAUGGACGGCAGCUUCGGACUCGCCAGCAGAAGAUCGCAAAACUUACCAUACCUCAGUUAGAUGGCACCGACGACCUGCCAGUGGCCAAAAAGCGACUUAAGCUGGAAAAGCUGCAUAAGCCGCAAGAUUCCGACGAAGUAUUUGAGCCAGCCAGGCCGGUGAAAAAGGCGCCGAUCCUGCCCAAGGCAAUGGAAAAGUUGCGCAAGGACAGGCGAGUCAUGUCCACAGAUGAUGAGAGCGGAUCGAAAGGCAAGCAGAGGCUUGACUCAGCUGACAUGUGGGUGGAGGUCUGGUCCGAGGUGGAAGAACAGUGGAUCUGCAUUGACUUGUUCAAGGGAAAGCUGCACUGCGUAGACACAAUAAGGAAAAACGCCUCUCCAGGCCUGGCCUAUGUAUUUGCUUUCCAGGAUGAUCAGAGUCUGAAGGAUGUAACCGCUCGCUACUGUGCCAAUUGGAGCUCCAUCGUUCGUAAGGCACGUGUUGAAAAGGCCUGGAUCGAUGAAACCAUCGCUCCUUAUCUGGGUCGUCGCACCAAAAGAGAUAUUUGCGAGGAUGAGCAGCUAAGGCGAAUACACACGGAGAAACCCCUUCCCAAGUCUAUAUCCGAAUUUAAAGACCAUCCGCUGUAUGCUCUUGAGCGACACUUGCUCCUGUUCCAGGCCCUCUACCCAGCAGAUGCACCGACUCUUGGUUUUAUCCGAGGAGAACCUGUCUACUCAAGAGAUUGUGUGCACCUUCUGCACUCCCGAGAAGUCUGGCUGAAGAGCGCCCGGGUCGUGAAGCUGGGCGAGCAGCCCUACAAGAUUGUCAAGCGUCCAAAGUGGGAUAAGUUCACUAGAACUAUUCUUAAAGAACAGCCCCUUGAGGUAUUUGGCUACUGGCAAACGCAAGAGUACGAACCUCCCACUGCGGAGAACGGCAUUGUACCACGCAAUGCCUACGGCAAUGUCGAGCUAUUCAAAGCCUGCAUGCUUCCUAAGAAGACGGUGCACCUGAGGCUGCCGGGACUGAUGCGCGUUUGCAAGAAGUUGAACAUAGACUGUGCAAAUGCAGUAAUCGGCUUUGAUUUCCACCAGGGCGGCUGCCACGCCACGUACGACGGCUUCAUUGUCUGUGAAGAGUUCCGGGAAGUGGUCUGUGCGGCUUGGGAAGAGGAUCAGCAGGAGCAGGCGCGCAAAGAGCAGGAGAAGUAUGAGACCCGAGUCUUCGGCAAUUGGAAGAAGCUCAUCAAGGGUCUGAUCAUUCGCGAACGGCUCAAAAGGAAAUACAAUUUUUAAAUGU